AUGCACGAGGCUGGCCGCGAGGGCGAUGAACACGACGAGGCCGGCAGGCGCCACGUGGCUGCCGAGAAACGUGCAGAGGGCAACAGCGACCGCGCUGGCGGCUUGCCCUACCGCGUGCUCGCCCCCAUCGGCCACGUGCUCGCCCCGAGCGGCCACGUGAUCGCCCCCAGCGGCCACGUGAUCGCCCCCAGCGGCCACGUGAUCGCCCCCAGCGGUCACGUGAGCGCCCCCAUCGGUCACGUGAUCGCCCCCAGCGGCCACGUGAUCGCCCCCAGCGGUCACGUGAUCGCCCCCAUCGGUCACGUGAUCGCCCCCAGCGGUCACGUGAUCGCCCCCAGCGGCCACGUGAUCGCCCCCAGCGGCCACGUGAUCGCCCCCAGCGGUCACGACUUGCUCGUUCUGGAGGAGCAGGAGGGCUCGGUAAAUUUCAAAUUCGGCGUCCUCUACGCGAGGGAAGGGCAGCUCACCGACGACGAAAUGUUCAGCAACGAGACGGGCAGCGAAGACUUUGACAAGUUUCUGGGUCUCCUGGGGGAGCAGAUUUCUCUCAAGGGCUGGGUGGGCUACCGUGGCGGCCUGGACACCAAGAACGACACAACGGGAACACACGCGGUCUACACCAUCUACCAGGGACACGAGAUCAUGUUCCACGUGUCCACCAUGCUCCCGUACUCCAAGGACAACCGACAGCAGGUGGAGCGCAAGCGGCACAUCGGCAACGACAUCGUCACCAUCGUGUUCCAGGAGGGCGAGGAGUCGUGUGUGUCCUUCAAGCCCUCCAUGAUCCGCUCGCAUUUCACGCACAUCUUUGCCUUGGUGAGGUUCAACAGAGCCACGGACAGCUACAGACUACGCAUCUUCUCCGAGGAGAGCGUGCCGCUGUUUGGGCCCCCGCUGCCCACUCCGCCGGUGUUCACCGACCACCACGAGUUCCGGGACUUCCUCCUCGUCAAGCUGAUCAACGGAGAGAAAGCCACUCUGGAAACGCCGACAUUUGCGCAGAAACGCCAGCGGACGCUGGACAUGCUGAUACGCUCCAUGUACCAGGACUACACGCCCGACCUCUACAAGAACAUGCUGAACCGCCGCUCUCUGAGUGACGUGCUGCCCGAGUCGCCGCGCUCGGCGAGGAAGAAGGAGGAAGCACGCCGGGCGGAGUUCGUCCGCGUUGGGCAGGCGCUAAAGCUGAAGACGAUCGUGCGCGGGGACGCCCCGACGAGUCUGGCGACGACAGGGCUGUGCAGGAAGGAGCCCUGGGAGCCUCAGUGCUACGGGCAGAACUUCCCGUACGAGGUGCACUGCGCCGACUCGUGGCGGAGCGGGCUGCUCGUCUCCACCGAGGCCGGCGUCCUGCUCCUCCACGAGGGACAGCCGCCGCUGCCCGUGCUGGACCGCAGCUUCUCGGUGCGCCAGAUGAACGUGAUCGAGGCGCUGGACAUGCUGGUGCUGCGCAACGAAAAGGGCAAGGAGUCACGUGUGUUCGUGUUCCGCCUGUCGGCCGUCUGGAAGUCGGUGGAGGAGCAGUCCGCGGUGCUCGGACGCGUCGAGUGCCGUGAGCACACGCUGGAGAAGACCAAAGGCUGCCACCUGUACGCCGUGAACACGCACAGUGCAGCAGGCACACUGCGCGUGGUGAGCGCCACGCGCUACAAGCUGCUGCUCGCCACGUGGAGGCGGCCGCCCGGCGGCGUGACGGCCGCCUCGCCCGUCGAGGAGUUCCAGUACAUACGGGAGAUCUGUCUGUCGGACACGCCGCUGGUGCUGACGCUGGUGGACGGCCCCACGGGCGAGAACGACAACGUGCUGUGCGUGGCCUACCGCCACCAGUUCGACCUCGUCAGCGAGAGCACCGGCGAGUGCCACCGCCUGCACACCGUGGACGCCAGCAAGGUGAACUUUGUCGCCGCGAUUGAUCUCUACGAGGAUGGCGAAGCUGGCUUGCUCAUUUGCUUCAACUGUGAACACCUGCUUUACAAGAAGGUGCUGCCCUUCAACGGGAACUCGCCGCAGCUCCAGUCCUCCGCCUCGGACUACCACUUCACGUGGAACCAGCUGCCCAGCGCCAUCGUUUGCGCGUUCCCGUACAUCCUGGCGUUCACCAUCGACUCCAUCGAGAUCCGGCUCGUCGUCAACGGCAACCUCGUCCACACCACCAUCGUGCCAGACCUAAGCCUCAUCUCGUCGCGGUCGGACAUCUUCUUCAUGGCGUCGGGCCUGGUGACGUCGCGGCGCUGCUCCACGGAGCACAGCGCCGUCACCACGCCGCAGACGCCGCCCGGCGACGAGGAGCCGGCGCUGCCGCCCGCCCUGUCGCAGGACGGGGAGCAUCAGCCGCGUCACAUCUACAAGAUCCCUCUCAGCAACCUGGUGGGGAGGAGCAUCGAAAGGCCGCUCAAGUCCCCCCUUGUGGCCGUGGCCACUAGCCCACAGGCGGCCCCCGGUGGGGGUGGAGGGGGCGGGGGGGGCGCCCAGCCGCCACCCAUCCCAGCGUCGCACUCCCUGCCGUCGACGCGAAUGGAGAUCAAGGAGAUCGCGACGCGCACUCGCAGGGAGCUGCUGGGCCUCUCUGAAGAUCUCCCGCAGGCACGAGGCGAAGCUGCAAGCGGGAAGCAAAGGUGGCCACGGGGGGGGGGGCCCUCCGGGGAGAGAGCGUGCCCCCCACGAUCCACAAGCAGCGACAGGUUCACAUCUCGCAGCUUCGAGUCGUCCUCUUCGUCGGGGGGCUCCGAGCCACCCCCCUCGCCGGCGCGUCGCAGGAGGCGGACGGCACCGGCGGCGGCGAUGGCGGCGACGUCGUCGGCGUGAUGGCGGCGUGCGUGUCGGUCGCGUCGGACGCGGCGGCGGUCGCCGGCCUGGCCACGGCGUGCGUGGCCGCGGCGCGCGGCAGAAGGAGGCCGCGGACCCCCGGGGGAGCCGAGCCGUCGAGCCCCUUCCGCCUGUCGGCGUCGCUCGACGAGGGAGACGACGUCGAUCUCAAGUGAUGGCGGCUGCGGCGGCGAUGGUGAUGAUGAUGACGAUGAUGAUGAUGACGAUGAUGAUGACGACAAUGAAGAUGAUGACGACGAUGAUGACGACGAUAGCCACACCUCUUUCACCCCUCCCCCCCCCCCCAUUGGCGCUGGGUCCAUGCACCAGGCGCGGCCAAAGGUCGAUCGCUCGCUCCAUAUUCUCCGGAUCGCUCAAUGCAAGCGGUCCGGGCUUGCAAUAGGGGACUGUCGUCAUUAGGUGCGGCCAUACCUGUCAACCCAUUAUCGGUGCCCGCAUUAUCACAGACCAAUUCAGAGCUUGUUGAUCACCCCAUAGCCCAUCGUGAAUCUCAACGUUCACCCCACAAAGUCCCAUCGCAAGGGAGAAAUGCAAAGAGACCAAAAUUACGGGGGGGGUUUUGGCCAUACUGAAACGGCCGUACGCCCGCAUGGACCUGAAAAACUCAAUUUCCCCAUGCUAGAAUACGGGGUAAACCGUGUGGGUUGACAGGUAUGCAUUACACUAUACACUACUAUACACUACACUAUACACUACACUAUACACUACACUAUACACUACUAUACACUACACUAUACACGACAAUAUACACUACACUAUACACUACUAUACACUACACUACACACUACAAUAUACACUACACUAUACACUACAAUAUACACUACUAUACACUACACUAUACACUACAAUAUACACUACUAUACACUACACUAUACACUACACUAUACACUACUAUACACUACACUAUACACUACAAUAUACACUACUAUACACUACAAUAUACACUACACUAUACACUACAAUAUACACUACUAUACACUACACUAUACACUACACUAUACACUACAAUAUACACUACAAUAUACACUACACUAUACACUACAAUAUACACUACUAUACA